AUGCAAAGCAAAUAUUGGGAAAUGAAAACACCACCACCAGUUAAAGAACAAGUGGAGGUUAUACAAAACCAUUUACCAAAUAAGUUGAGGACGUUAAUAUUUUCCAGAGCGGUAGAAGAUUAUGAUUCUCUUUUAGAGACGAUACAUAAAGCGUCACAAUCAAACGAAGAAAACAGCAGAUUAUUUGACUCUUCGGCAGCUGAUAAACCCUCAACCAAGCCUAAAGAAAAAACGCGUCUCGCAGCCUUACAAGAUCUCCCGGGUACAAAAGUAUCCAUAUUAACGGGAAAUCAAACAUUCCCUCUGGUGAUAGAGGAGAUAAGAGAGGAAGCUGGAGGCUUGGUAGUAUGCGCAUCAGCGAGCAAUGCACCUCAAAGCUAUGCCAGAAAUAAUAAUCAGCCUCGUCAUUCCCAAAGAAAUCAACAACAAGGUAAUAGAGUAUCAUACCCUUAUGCGAACAAUAAUUACCCGCGUUCUUACGAGGAAGCCACCAAUAAUAUGGAUAAUAACCGCCAAACUACAAUUAACUCGCCCUCUGGAGAUUUUUGUUUUAACUGUGGGCAAUAUGGACAUGAGUUUGUUGCAUGUACUAAUAUUCAGAUUGACGUAUGUACCAAUUGUUUCAGAUCAGGUCAUGAUAGACAAAAUUGUCACAAAUUAUUUGGCCAAGCACAGUCGAAUCCACCAGCUGUCGGAAGUAACAAUUCCUUUUACUCACAAUCUGGGAACCACCCAAAUUUUAAUCCCCGUAAUCGCUCAAAUCGCGGGCGGGUGAAUUACUCUUACAACAACUCAUAUAAUAAUAACAAUAACAAUGCUAAUAAUAAUCAAAGCAGUAGCUCGUCGAAUCAGCCGUCAGUUAUUUUAAAAAGAAAUAAAUCUGAAGAAGUAAAUUUAAUUGAUCUUGAGAGCGACGAGUCACGCGCACUCAGGUCUGAAUGUUCUCCGAGAUCCGGAAGCGACGAGUCACGCGCAUUUGGUCCGGAAAUCAGUAAUUUAUUAUCAGGGAGCGACGAGUCCCGCGCACCCGAUUUAAUAACUAUCGGAGAAGUCAGGAGCGACGAGAAAUGCGCAUCUACUUCUGAAAUAAUUAUAGCAGAAGCCAGGAGCGACGAGACACGCGCACCUACUUCUGACUUGCUCAUCUGGGAGCCUGAGAGCGACGAGUCCCGCGCAUUUGGGCCCAGCGAAAAUUAUGCCACUGGAGAAUCCGUACAAUUUAACUGCGAUAUUGACAAUUGUUUUAAUGACUACUGCAAAAUAUAUGAUAAUUUGUCUGGUUUAUGUGUUUUUAAAAAUGUUGAAGCUCAGACUUACUUAAAGGAAGGCCUGAAGGUAGAGGCACGGCUUUUAAGUAACUCGAAGAGCCCAGAGACUUUCAUGUCUACUGGUGAUUUUAUUGAAGAAGUUUUUAAUAAUUUUGGGACAAAAGAAUUAACAAAUUUAUCCGCUACUACAAUUUGUCAGUCUGUGAAGCUGUUGGAUGAAACAAGAUUUGACCACGAAGUAGAAGAUAUUGGACCAGAUGAACUAAUAGAACCCAGUGCGGUUGAUAAUGUAAAAGCUUAUUAUAUCUGUGGGUUAGAACCCCUUGAUGAGCUGCAGGAGGAAGAGUGGGAGCCAGAAGUUGAUUCUGGCAUUGAAACUGAUUUUGACGAGCCAGAUUUCCGAAUUAUUCCUCCUCUCUCACGAUGUUCAGCACUCUCUAAGACUUUUCACGCGUCUGGGAUGUUGCGAGGCAAAGGUUUACCUGCUCAUUUCAUAAAUCGACUAACUCCUUGUCCACCUUAUAUACCUAAAACAGAAUCUAAGUUAACAGCUAGAAUUCCAGUAUCCUUAUGGGUAUUUGGAGUCCAGGUGAACGGUAUUAUAGACACAGGGAGUGAAAGAUCGUAUUUAAAUACGGAAACCUUUGAGCAGAUACAAGAAUAUGGUACUAGUGAUUUGCAUCAAGACGAUACGGCGAAGAGGGGUGUAUUGUUAGCUAAUAACACGUCUUGUAAGACUCUUGGGGGAGCUGAUUUCAUCCUACAAAUAGGCUCAGUCACUGGUCAACAAUAUUUAAGUGUCAUGGAGGAUCUUAGUCACUCAAUAAUUCUCGGAAUGGAUUUUGCCCUUCAGUUUGGAAUUGAAAGUGAUUGUGUCAAUGCUCAUUGGAAAUUUAAGGACUCCAGUGAAGUAUACCCUUUUGAGAUAAUUGAACGUAAAGACGAUAAAACUUUGUGCCAAAUUUUGUCAGAAAGCCAGCGUAAAAAGUUCGAGGAAUUUUUAAGAUUUGAAAUGGACAAAUUCGCGGCAAUACCAAAUCAAGAACCACGUCUGUCUGGGAAACCUUCCCGAGUUGAGAUCGAAGAUCUUGAUUUGGACUCUGAGGCUUGGAAGGCUAGAAUUGAUCGUCUGGAUCAAUUGCGACAUAAGGUAGAGCUGGUGAUGCGUAAGGAGAGUGAACGACAAGCGCGAUAUCACGACAAGGGGUUAAAAUCGUUACCAGAGGUUCAGGUGGGAGAUCAAGUUUAUUACCCAAAUAGAAAACAGCAGGAGAGAGAGCAGCAGGUAUAUGACCUGUUCUACAGGACGCCUGGGCGGUUUAAAACCAUGGCCCAAGUACGCACGCACUUGCGCUCGGAGCGUCGCCUGGUGGCUCAUCGCCGGCUGCUGCGGGAUUUCGAUCCACCGUUUCCAGCUCACCUUCUGAAAUUGGGUUGGGAAUACCAUCGUCCAUCUACCAAACUGCGUUGGUUGUCGACCGUACAUAAGGGAAACUGGAGCCGUUUUACUAUUGAGGGAGCUGAUCCUGUAGCUCCUGCAGUUGCUGCUGAAGAAGAGCCGGUAGUGAAGGUCGUACCAGCCCCUACGGGUCUUGAAGACAACGACGGGGAUGUGUUGUACAUUGACGAGGAAGUGGACUUGGGAGAAGAUCUGUUGGACGAUUUGGUGCCUACUCGUGCUUCUCAUUUUAAGUCAAACGAACGUCCGCGCAUCGUCGUUUCCCUUUCCCUCAACAAAUUUGAGACCGUGACGCGGCAUGCUGCUCAACGUCACCGGUCAUCCAUGGAGACUCUGGCCAAGAGGGCUAAAACGUCCUCGCGAUUGGCUCCGGCUGUUCAACAAGGUGUUUUGGAACCCUGGGUGGUCCUGACUCCCGUAGAUGGCUCUCACCUUGCUCGUACUCCCAUGCGUGGAAGACGUGUCUAA